AUGUCUGAGCUAAGUGCUUCUCUUCUCAGGCUCAAAAUUCUUGACUCUCUUCGCGCCGGGGAGGAGAGUAAAGUCGAUCAGUUAAUCCAGGAACUCAAUUCUGUCGAUUCCACCGUGGACACAUCUGAACUUAUCAAAUUACGGGAGACCAUUCUUCAUUAUGCUGUACAAAUUGCUCCUUUAUCGAUGAUUCAGCACUUGGUUGAGAAUGAAUCCUUUCGGUUGGAUAUCAACGCUCAAGACUCUGAUGGGAACACUCCAUUGCAUUUAGCAGUUGCUGCCUCCAGAUUCAACAUUGUGAAGUAUUUAUUGAGUUUGCCAGAUAUAAAUGAUACAGUCACAAACGGGGAAAGAAAGCAGCCUGUGGAAUUGGCGAAAGAUGCCAACAUUGCGCAGCUUAUGCAAUACGAGCGGGCCAAAUUUGUGGAGAAAUCUGCCACUGAAUUGCGGAAGUACUUCAGUGAGAGAGACUUCGACAAGUUAGAGGACCUUUUGGUAUCGAAUGCUAGAGCUUCUGAGCUUCUCGACAUCAACGGAGCCGACCCCGAGACAGGUAAUACUGUCUUGCAUGAAUUUAUCAGGAAGGAAGAUUAUCAAAUGUGUGACUGGAUAUUGAAGCAUGGAGGUGAUCCCUUCAAGAGAGACAAGCGUGGCAAACUUCCGAUUGACUUAGUUUCGAGUAAAAGCGAUCCAAUCAGGAAGCUUAUCAAGUCAGCGUCGAAGGACCAGAACAUUAUGGAUCCCGUUGCAUCUACUAAUAGUGCCAGCAAAACAGGAGCUGCUCCCACAUACAAAGGUUAUUUGAGGAAAUGGACAAACUUUGCGUCUGGUUACAAAUUGAGAUACUUUGUGUUGGAUCAGUACGGUAUGUUAUCUUAUUACACCAAUCAAGGAGAUACAAACAAUGCUUGCAGGGGCUCAUUGAAUCUUGGUUAUGCGGCAUUGCACUUGGAUUCCUCUGAGAAGCUUAAGUUCGAAAUAAUCGGUAAAAAUGGUAUUAAGUGGCAUUUGAAGGCCAACCACCCUGUCGAGACGAACCGCUGGGUAUGGACUUUGCAGAAUGCGAUCACAAUGGCCAAGGACAACAUUAAGCGGAAAGUGGCUAGAAUUCCCUCCAGAAAGAGCUCCGGUGUAGAUGAUGGCACAGGAAAGGCAGCCGAGGAUGCAGUUGUUUCUGAGGAGGAGAAGAAGCGUCGUUUGCUUCAUAUCCCAGGACGCAGAAAGCAUAAGAAGUCUCCAAGUCAGGUGUCCCUUGCUUCGUUUACUGGAGGCUCCGAUAUCGAGGAUGCCAUGUCCGUCAAUUCCGUUGAAUUGAAUAGAGCCAAUUCUGUCAGCAGUAAUCAUUUGAGGCAAAUAAAAGAGUCAGAGGCUCUUGCUGGUUCUAGGGUUAGCGUGGAUGCACCCUACUCAGUUGCGGAAGAUUUUGACUAUGACUUAGAGGACAGUGCUGAUUCUGACUCCGAAUUGAAUUCUACGAAUAUCAGCACAUCCAACGAAGAGGAGAUCAAAACGUCGAGGGACCAGAUUUAUGCAACCAAGAGAUCCCUUAAGGUCGAAACAGCAAGCCUCAUUGACUUAUUCAAAGUUUUGGCAAAUAAGGCACCUGAAAAUGACGAAGAAACUUAUUCAAUUGGAUUGAAGACGUUGGCUAAUAUUCAGGAUUUGAUCGAACAAUUCGACACAUUCACUUUGGUCAGAGAAGAGAAGCUUACGAAGAAGAUUGAACGUCAAGAGGAAGUUAACAAGUUAUGGGAAAGCUCUAUAAGACAGUUGGAAAGUGAGAUGCAAAAGCACGAAGAAGCACUUGCCAGUUAUGAGGGGAAGAAAUACAAAUUGAGAAAGCUUCUUGAAUCGAAGGGUAUCUCGUCACCUCAGGUUUCGAACGAACUGGCAAUUGGGGUCGGUUUCAAAUUUGCUGGCACCCCUCCUGUACCACCUGUUGAAUCUUCUGAAGCUCAAGACGAGUCAGCUUUAAUUGAGGAGAUCUUCCAAGACUCGGAUGACGAAUUCUUCGACGCAGAUGAAUUUGACGAUGCUACCGAAGAGGGACAAACCCUUGAGGGUGCUGAUACAGUAAUAAGUGAACAAACAAAGAAGAGCAGGGAAGUAUCCCCUGAGAUUGUACAAGAAGAGCAGAAAGAAACUAAUGAAUUACCUGGAAAGGAAUCCUUGGCAAAGACUGAUGCCCAGCUUAGAAUUCUUAAAAAGAUAGAGGAAGAAGGCUCGUUCCUUGGUUACGAGGAACCUCCAAGAAAGAAGCUUGCUAUGGACGAGGACGAUAGACCAAAAGUUGGAUUGUGGGGUAUCUUGAAGUCCAUGAUUGGUAAAGACAUGACAAGAAUGACCCUACCAGUCUCUUUCAAUGAGUGUACCUCUUUGCUUCAACGACUUGCUGAGGAUAUCGAAUAUAAUGAUUUGUUGACGACUGCAGCUGCUAUUCCUGAUUCAACUUUGCGAAUGGUGUAUGUUGCUGCAUUCGCUGCCUCCGAGUAUGCGUCUACAAUCGACAGAAUUGCUAAGCCUUUCAACCCUUUGUUGGGAGAAACGUUCGAGUAUUGCCGUCCAGACCAAAAUUUCAGGUUGAUUUCCGAACAGGUUAGUCACCAUCCACCAAUCAGUGCUUGUCAUGCAGAGUCCAUCAAAUGGGACUACUACGGCGAGAACGCUGUUGAUUCUCAAUUUCGUGGACGUUCGUUCGAUUUUAAGCACUUGGGUAAAAUGUUCUGUGUUAUUAGACCCGAUAGUGGAGUUGUUAGUAAAUCUGGGGAAAGGGUGGACCACGAACUCUACAGUUGGAAAAAGGUUAACACGUCUGUGGUUGGAAUUAUUAUGGGUAACCCGACCGUUGACAAUUAUGGAAAAAUGGAAGUCCACAAUCAUACCACUGGAGAUGUUCUACAAGUCGAUAUGAAACAAAGAGGAUGGAAGGCGUCUUCUGCUUAUCAACUAAUCGGUAACGUUUACGACUCGCAUGGUAAAGCACGUUGGGCCAUUGGAGGUCAUUGGAACUCGCGUAUUUAUGCUAAGAAGGUUACUGGUGAAAUUGAGGGCAAAAGAAGAGAUUCAUUAAUUGAAGCCAAGGAAACCAGUAACCUGGACCCUUACAAUGGAAAGAAAUUCCUUGUAUGGGAGGCUGCUCCUCGUCCCAAAGUCCCAUUCAAUUUGACCGCUUUCGCCGUUACCUUGAAUGGUCUCACUUCUAAUCUUAAGGAAUAUCUUGCUCCAACUGACACAAGAUUGAGGCCUGAUCAAAGAGCAAUGGAAGACGGAAGGUAUGAUGAAGCAUCAAAUGAGAAGCACCGUGUUGAGGAAAAGCAAAGGGCUGCCAGAAAGAAACGUGAGCAAAGACGUGAAUCUUACAAGCCUCAAUGGUUCGUAAAACUGAAGCAUCCUGUUACUGGUGAUGAUUACUGGCAUUACAAUGAUCGGUAUUGGAGUAAGAGAAAGGACAAGCAGUUGAGCAAUAGUGGAGAUAUUUUUUAG